AUGAACGUGCAGCCUGCCGGAGCUCCUCCCCCUCCCGCCUUCACCCCCACCAGCAUCCGUCAGGCCUUUGAGGUGGGCAUCAUCAACCUCCGGGCCAGCAUGGACCGCCGUCAGGCAAUGGCCGACGGCACCAUCCCCUUCGACCUGGCCGAGUUUGAGGCGCUGAGCGAGCGCAUCUGGGACACCCGGGUUGAGUUCGCCAACCAAAUCCGGCGUUGGGCUGACCCCCGCGACGCCGUCAUCCUCGCCAGGCUGUAUGGCGAGCUGAUCGGUAGAAUGCCCGAUGAGGCUGGAGUGGUCCCCUGA